AGCUGAGAUUGAGAGGUUUUCUUCUUUGUCUCUUAGUAACUAACAUUGCACCCGUGGCUCAUCCCCCAGGGUUCUGCCUAAACGUCCCGGGGGAUUUGGCGGAAGCUUUCUAGGUCCUGACCCUGCGAACGCUGGACCAGCAGAGGGCGCCAGGUGGGCCGCGGCUCCAACCCCAGGGCGACGUUAUGGCCGCCGCGCGGGUGCUGCUGCUCCUGUCCGGGCGCGCGGAGUCGCCGAGCUUCGCCCAGAGUGUGUGUGGCCUCCUGGGCGCCGGGCCAGGGCUCGGGCCGUGGCCCACGCACUGCGGCUUGAAGCGAGGACGACUCGUCCUCUCGGACGGGCCAUUCCCAGGCUCCUCGGCCAGGCUUCCGCUCCAGCGACCCCCUUUCUGCCCUUUUGCGGCCCUGGACCAGCAGCUCAGGACUCCGGGGGCCGAGCUGCCCAGCAACCGAGGUGUGGAUCUGGGUGUGGCCGUCCUUCUGCAGUCCAGCGACCAGUCUGUCUUGUUAACGCGCAGGACACGCACCCUCAGCGUUUCUCCCAACCUCUGGGUACCCCCAGGUGGGCACGUGGGACUUGAUGAAGAGCUGUUGGAGGGAGGGCUGCGAGAGCUUCAGGAGGAGACUGGACUACAGCUGCCCCACGGCCAGUUCUCUUGGGUCCCUCUGGGGUUAUGGGAGUCUGCCUACCCUCCUAGGCUGAGCUGGGGUCUCCCCAGAUACCAUCACAUCAUUCUCUAUCUACUCGUGGUCUCCUGGGAGUCACAGCAGCAGCUGCAGGCCCGGAUCCAACCAAACCCAAGUGAGGUGAGCGCCUUUAUGUGGCUGGGACCAGAGAUAGCAGCUGCCGUGGCUGCUGCAGAGGAUGGGACAGAGACACUCACACAUCUUCCCCGGGACCUACCACCCUCUGUCCUCCCUCUCCUGCCAUGGCGGGAGGAUUCAGUGAAGUGGGCUAAGCCACAAGGCACAGCCCAGACAGGAGCUGUCACCAUGCAGUACAGUGGAACUAGGGGAGGACAAAAGAGCUCGACCCCUGGCCUUGCCCACAUCCACGCUGCUGCGGACAACCCCGACCACAGCAGAAGGCAACGAGAGGGUCAGCGCUGGGACCAAGUUUGCCCUCAGGCUCUGGCUGCAGCAUCUGGGCAGGGCCUGCAAGCAAGAACGGAACCUGGGACCCCUUCCCCCACUUGCCCCAAACCAGGGAUCUGGAGAGUGAGGUGUGGAACUCCCUCCCCAACCCCCCUCCGAGACAUUCACAGAACAUUCACAACCUUUAUUGCGGAUAAGAACUUUGCUACAACUUUGGGAAUAAAAAGUAAAAUUACAACGUAGGUCUUAAGCCCCAGAGGAGCCUGAAAAAGGAGAAUGGGGAGAGCAUGAAGUCCUCCCACCUCCCAGAAAAGGUGCAGAAUGAGCCAGACCUAACCAUGGGGCCACGGGCCUUUAGAAGCUCAUGGCCCAAGCUGGUCAGCAUAGGAAACACUGUGCACUUAAAUAUAUAAAUAGAGAGAGACCCAGGCAAUAGGCCAGGCCCUGCUCCCAAACCCCUGGGGAUCAGAGCUAAGGCCUUAUCUCCUCCGCAGUCACACUGGGAAGUAGGAAGCAGGGGAAGUCAUCUUUGGAGUAUUUUGGUUUUUCUUGUUUAUGUACAAAAAAAUCUGCAACCCAAAAUAGAGUUCUCUGUCCAUGUG